AUGUGCACAUCAUUCUUUUCAGCAACGAAAGAAACUGCAACUGAAGUUGGCAAUUUAAGAACAACGCAGGGGAUAAAAACAACAAUUCAAAGAAUAAACAACGCAAUUACUGAAAAUGCAAAGAAGAAGAUACGUAAGUCGACAGGAACAACAGAAAAAGGAGGACAGUUUGAUAUAUUAUCUAGUUUCGAACCAACCAAACAGGUACCUGUGGAGAUUCUUCAUACUAUCCUCCUUGGCCCUGUUAAGUACUUAGUAAAGAAAACGAUGAAAUGCUUCCCUGCUGCACAGAAGAAACUUGUUAAAGCCAAGAUGGAAGCGUUUGAUUUUUCCGCAUUCUCCCGACGUUUGCCAAGCAGUUUUGUCAAAAACUAUGCGUCUUGCGUUGGGAGAGACUUCAAGAUUUGGGCUCUGAUUGCUGUAUUCAUUCUCGAUGGAUUUAUCACAGAUGACAAACUUCAAGUCUGGUAUUAUCUCUGCGAGGCAUUUGCAAUGGCAUAUGGGUCAGAAGUGGAUGUUCAAGAUGGUGACAACAUAACCAACCUCGUGGAGCAAAUGAUAGAAUGCAUGAGUGAAGUCCAUCCAGAGAUGUUGCAGAAACAAAAGUUCCACAUGCUUCUUCACCUUCCUGACGAUAUUUUGAAUUUUGGUCCACCACUUGGCUUCUGCACUGAACGGUUUGAAGCUUUUAAUUCUGUUAUAAGACAGCUCAACAUAUAUUCAAAUUGUCAUGCAAGUAGCAAAGACAUUGGUGAGAAGUUUGUCAAGCAUCACAUCCUGAAGUUUUCGAUAAAUGGUGGACGUUGGGGCACUAACAACAAGUAA